GUGGCGCUGUGACGCGGCCGCGCUCCUCGUGUGACUCUCUUGUCUUAGUAACAGUCCGUGUUGUCAAGCGUUGCUAAGGAAGUGAUUGAACUAGCGACACUUUUUAGCCACUGAAGCCGCACGUCCCUGAUCGAUGUGUCUCAUACUGAUACGGAAGCUCUUUUUGGCCUUGUUCAUGUCCUCGGACAUGACGAGAAGAUGACGAUGAAUGGAGACAGCCUGCAUCAGUCCCUUGAGGCUCCCGACAAAAGAGAUUCAGUCAUCAAUGAGAGCAGGUCUGGCAAUUCCUUCCUAGUAGACGCCAAAUCUCGCAACGAGUAUAAUGAUUCCUUUAAACUCGCUGCCGGACACGGCCAGAAAACAAGAGAUAACAAUCCGUUCCAGCCUCAGCCGCCGUCACUGCCCAGGUCUAACAAGUCUGGCUCAGUUGAGAAGACUGUGAGAAACAGGAGGCUGAGAUGUAGUCAAGAAAGCCUAAGUGACGCAGUUGAGACUUGCUCUUCCACAGACUCACUUAAAGAGGACCAAACGCUUCCAGGUCAAGGUGGCCGUGUUCUCAGCAGCUCCACCACACUCGGGAACCAGGGCACCAAUGUAAGACCCCAGUCUGCCGUUGCUAUUGGAUCCCCGGUGUUCCGAGACAGGGGGAACAGCUUUUCUGAGGAUGAACGAAGACCCCACAGUCAGCAGAGUGACCCGGCAGACCACUGGCAGAUGUCCCCAAAGGUGCAGCUGUCUCCUGUUCAACCCAUGGGGCCUCUGCCCGCACUGGACAGGAGUUUUGUGUCAGCUACUUUGAGGUCAGCUAAUAGGAUUAACAAGGAUUGUUUGGAUUAUGGUUUGCCGAAGAGAGAGAGUCUUGGAAAGAGACUCCACAGGAACCUGAGCGACAGCCGGCUUCUGGAAAGCAUGGGGUCGGACAGUGCCUCUGUGACUUCCCUGAGGUCCAACUACAGCGUGCUUAGCCCCAUCAGGCACCAGGAUGUGAGGAACAGGAGCUUUCUAGAGGGCAGCUUGCUGGGAAGUGGUGCCCUGCUUGGGGCGGAUGAGCUGGACCGUUACUUCCCUGAAAGAAGGGUGGGCGUCUACAUUGCCACGUGGAACAUGCAGGGAGAGAAGGAGCUUCCAGCCAACUUAGAAGAUCUCCUCCUACCUACAGACUCUGAAUUUACACAAGACUUCUAUGUUAUUGGGGUUCAGGAAGGCUGUCCUGACAGGAGGGAGUGGGAGAUCCGGCUUCAGGAGACUCUGGGACCAUACUAUGUUAUGCUGUAUGCAGCAUCACAUGGUGUUUUGUAUCUCUCUGUAUUUGCCAGGAGAGACCUCAUCUGGUUCUGUUCAGAGGUGGAGCACGCCACAGUCACGACCAGGAUCAUCUCUCAGAUCAAGACUAAGGGAGCUGUGGGGAUCACCUUCACCUUUUUUGGCACUUCUUUCCUUUUCAUAACAUCACAUUUUACCUCUGGAGACUCCAAAGUUUACGAGCGAGUUCUCGACUACAACAAGAUCGUGGAGGCUUUAGCCCUUCCAAAGGGGCUUCCAGACACAAACCCUUAUCGCUCCACAUCAUCUGAUGUCACCACGAGGUUUGACCAAGUUUUCUGGUUUGGAGAUUUUAACUUUCGACUGAGUAAAGACCGGGCUGAAGUGGAAAAUGCCAUGACCCGUACUGUGGGAAGAGAUAUGAGUCCUCUGGUGGAGCAUGACCAGCUCUCCAAGGAAAUGAAGGAUGGUUCAAUCUUUAAAGGCUUUCAUGAGGCACCAAUACACUUCUUCCCCACGUAUAAAUUUGAUAUCGGUUGCGAUAUCUAUGACACUACUUCUAAACAGAGAACGCCUUCAUACACAGACAGAAUCCUGUUCAGAAGCAGACAGGCUGAUGACAUAAAAGCGAUCAUGUACACCAGCUGCUCCGGCAUCAAGACGUCAGACCAUCGGCCGGUUAUUGGCGUCUUCCAGGUCAAACUUAGGCCGGGCAGAGACAAUAUUCCUCUGGGUGCAGGACAGUUCGACCGAAGCCUGUACUUGGAAGGCAUCAGGAGGAGGAUCACCAGGGAGCUGAAAAGGAAGGAGGCCAUGAAGAACCAAAGCAACAGCACCAUCUGCUCCAUCUCUUAGAGUGGAUUUCUUAGAGGCUGAAGUGGAUCAUAUUGUGCCACAAACAGGCAGCUGGAUUAAGGAGCACAGGGAACCAGAGUUGUCUUAACUACACAGAAGCUCACUGCUGGUUGUAACUGAGCAGAGUGUGCCCUCUGUUGGAUAUAGUUGGGAACUGCGUACGAGUGCCCUGCAGGCCGAGGAAAGCUGAGGGCAGGUACCUCAGAAAGACACGGUCAAACCUUUUAUUUAUUCAGGCCCCUAUUCAAACACGAGGACAGAUUCGCAGGGUUGCAGCCUGACAGUCACCUUUUGUUUUUGUGCAUUAAUUUUUCUAAUUACUUUCCGUUAAAAAUUAUCAAUAACAUUUCUUUCAGUGUUUAAAGACCUUGUGAAUUUGUGAUAAAAGUAAUUUAGGUACAAUUAUAAUUGUGGCUUAACUCAAUUAUUGUUGUAAGCAGUUUUAUGGAGAUGCAGCCUGACCGUUGAAAGAAGCUGUUACAACCACAAGGUAUUUGUCAUCAAAUAGCCUAAAGGAUGUUGCUGCAGUCACAGGGUUAUAACUUGGUUUAUGGUACUGUUAAAUAUCAGGGAGAUUAAAUAUUAAAUAUUUUAGCUGAUUUUUUUCAAGGAACUCACUUCCAACUUAAUAAAUGGAGUAUGUUAUUACUGUAACGCCUGUAACUUUGCUUUUUCGUGACUAGUUGAGGUAGUUCUUUGCAAGACUGUAACUUAUUGCCUUACCUCCCAUGUCACUGCUCUGUAACCUUACACCAUUUAUGUACUGUAUGUACCACAGUCAUCAACUUCUAGCAUGAAGAAUGGUCCAAAAAGUGCCUGUAGGUCUUGUUUCCGUUUCCUCAGGGCCUGUUUUUCUUUGAUACGUCACCUAAUAUGUAACAUCUAGUAAUAAACAUUUAACACAUUUGUUGGCCAAAUUAUUAAAUAUACUAUGAACUUA